UGAAAGAAAGAAAGAAAAGAAAGAAAGAGAGAGAGAAGGAAAGGAAGGAAGGAAGAAGCAAAGAAAGAAAGAAUAGUGAUCCAUUAGGACCUAUUACUUUCAGGGUUCUGAUUUGAAGUCUAAAAUUCUACAAGUCUUCAAAUUUUCAGAAGUUGUGUGUCUAUGGAAGCACAAGCAUUCUGCCUCUGUAGAAGUUAUAACAUUGUUUCUCACAGUCCUGGGUGGUUGAGGAAACAUCCAGUUUUAGAACUCUAAUAUGUCAAUAUGUGCAUUAUAAAACCCUGGAUCUAUCGCGUCACUGUGAAGGACUUCAGACUGCGGUUUGCAAAAGCAGAAUAAAUUUUCUUGGGAUUGUACCGUUAUGUACACACACACAUUGGCAGACAGAGCCACACCUCACAGCUCUGGAGGAAGCCGCAGACCUCAGCUGUACAAGCGCAGCCUGGACUAGGGGAACUUCGGAUAGAUCAGCCUCAAAGGCGUCGACCUGUCCGCAGGGCGGAGCGCGGGGCGAGCGCGAGUAGCAGGGAGUCUGGUGCUCAGGGGACUCAGGCCAGGGCUGGGCGGCGGCGGGUCCCGCGAGCUGCAUAAGUCGGUGCCGGUGCGUGCUCCCGCUGUCCCGGGGCAGCCGCAUCCCCUGCGGCUACGGAACAUGGCUGCGCGACGCGCCACGGUCGCCUGCACACUGUUGCUGCUGUCCUCCGCCCUGCUCCGCCGCGGCUGCCGGGCGCGCUUCGCCGCAGAACCCGACUCGGAUGAAGACGGAGAGGAAAUGGUGAUGUUCCCCGAGUCGCCCCUGCAGAAACCCACGGUGUUCGUGGCGGUCCUCGCCCGCAACGCUGCGCACACGCUGCCUCACUUCCUCGGCUGCCUGGAGCGGCUGGACUACCCCAAGAGCAGAAUGGCCAUCUGGGCAGCCACUGAUCACAAUGUGGACAAUACAACGGAAAUACUCAGGGAGUGGCUGAAAAGUGUACAGCGUCUGUAUCACUAUGUGGAGUGGAGGCCUAUGGAUGAGCCAGAGUCUUACCCUGAUGAAAUUGGACCAAAGCACUGGCCAAGCUCCCGGUUUGCUCACAUCAUGAAGCUGCGACAGGCAGCCCUUCGAACUGCGAGGGAAAAAUGGUCAGACUACAUCCUGUUCAUAGAUGUCGACAACUUCCUGACUAAUUCACAGACCUUGAACCUAAUGAUUGUAGAAAACAAAACCAUCGUGGCACCCAUGCUGGAAUCCCGGGGUCUGUACUCUAACUUCUGGUGCGGAAUCACACCUCAGGGCUUCUAUAAACGGACCCCAGACUACCUUCAGAUUAGAGAAUGGAAGAGGACGGGCUGCUUCCCCGUCCCCAUGGUCCAUUCCACCUUCCUGAUUGACCUCAGGAAAGAGGCCUCUGACAAACUGGCUUUCUACCCCCCACACCAGGACUACACCUGGACCUUCGAUGACAUCAUUGUUUUUGCCUUCUCCAGCAGGCAAGCAGGCAUCCAGAUGUAUCUAUGCAACAAAGAACACUAUGGCUACCUACCCAUCCCUCUGAAGCCCCACCAGACACUGCAGGAGGACAUCGAGAACCUCAUCCAUGUGCAGAUAGAAGCAAUGAUUGACCGUCCUCCAAUGGAGCCUUCCCAGUUUGUGUCAGUUGUCCCUAAGUAUCCAGACAAGAUGGGAUUUGAUGAGAUUUUCAUGAUCAACCUCAAACGCAGGAAGGACAGGCGGGACAGGAUGCUGCGCACGCUCUACGAACAGGAAAUCGAGGUCAAGAUUGUGGAGGCCGUGGAUGGGAAGGCACUCAACACAAGCCAGCUGAAGGCAUGGAACAUUGAAAUGCUACCAGGCUACCGGGACCCCUACUCCUCCAGGCCUUUAACCAGGGGUGAAAUUGGUUGCUUCCUUAGUCACUUCUCUGUCUGGAAAGAGGUUAUUGACCGAGAGCUGGAGAAGACACUCGUCAUUGAGGACGAUGUGCGUUUUGAGCAUCAGUUUAAGAGGAAGUUGAUGAAGCUGAUGGAGGACAUUGACAAGGCUCAGCUGGACUGGGAACUAAUCUACAUCGGUCGAAAAAGAAUGCAAGUCAAAGAGCCAGAGAAGGCAGUACCCAAUGUGGUAAAUCUCGUUGAAGCUGAUUAUUCCUACUGGACGCUGGGCUACGCCAUCUCCCUGGAAGGAGCACAGAAGCUUGUUGGAGCUGAUCCCUUUGGGAAGAUGCUGCCGGUGGAUGAGUUUCUGCCAAUAAUGUACAACAAGCAUCCUGUGGCAGAGUACAAGGAGUAUUAUGAGUCCAGGGACUUGAAAGCCUUCUCUGCAGAACCUCUGCUCAUCUAUCCCACGCACUACACAGGUCAGCCAGGCUAUCUGAGUGACACGGAAACGUCAACUAUCUGGGACAAUGAGACAGUGGCCACUGACUGGGACAGGACACACUCCUGGAAGUCCCGGAAGCAAGGACACAUCCACAGCAACACCAAGAACACAGAAGCAUUACCACCGCCAACUUCUCUGGACACUGUGCCUUCAAGGGAUGAACUCUGAAAGCUUCCUGGGAGUGUGGUCCACAUGGUUCAUCACUGUCUGGUUUUUCUAAAGGGCUACUCAUCUGUUUGCUCCAGUUUGGGUUUUUUUUUUUAAUUUUAAUAGAGAUGGUAGUCAUCUAAUCAAGUGGUUUGAUGUGAUUCAUCAAAAUUAUAUAAUUUGAAUAAUGAAGAACAAAUAAAUUAAAAACCAAAUUCCCUAGGGAGCCAUUACCAGAAUGGCUAAGUUAAACUUCAGUCCAAAUGCCCAGUUCUGCUCACUAGCCAUAGAAUGCUGUUAGCCACACUGAUGUGGCAACGUGGCUUAUAUUCUUGUUCAAGAAAUGGCACCCCAACUGUUACAUCAGUAAGUGGACAGCAACAUAGACAAGCCAGUGGACCUUGUUUACUAAUCUGAGUGGUCCAUUUUAUGUGGCUGAUGUGCUCCUGAAACCAUCAAGCCCUCUAGACUACAUUUAUUUGUCUAUUUGAUGUGACCUUGAAAACUGCACUAUGUAAUAAGUGUCUGGGGGUGGGAAAAUCAAACCAUUAAUUGGGCUUUUAUUCAAAGGAGCUCUGUCAUGAGCUUGUUGCAAAGUGGAUGCUUUAUUCUUGGCUUUAUUGAGCCAAUAGAGUAGGAGCUGGAGAGAUGGCUCAGUGGUUAUUACACAAUGGAGUCAGUAACUGGCUUGGGCUGAGACAUGGCUCUUGACCAUCAUGACAGCUAGAUCUUUCAUUAAAAUAUCUAGGUGCCAUGUGGCUAUAAUAUUUAGAUAUUUAUGGAGGGAAGAUCUCAACCUUUGGCAUUUGUGUUGUGGCUUAAGUCCAAUAUGUCUAUUUAUAAAGAAAACUGUAAUAUAUACAGGUUGUGAGGGAUGGGGUGACCCAAUACCUCACACCUAUGUGUCGCUCCUUCACCUGGGGAUGAACUACAGGUAUGAGUUUAAAAAGUCACUGUUGAUGAGUUUAAUAAGUCACUGUCAAGAGGCAGAACACAUUUCAGCCUCAUAAUUGUCCUCGCCUUGGAUUUUUACUAUAUUCUGAAUUAUUUAUUUUACAAAUGUGGAAAAAACAUCGUCUGUAGGAUGAAGCAGAGAAAAGAGAUGUCUCAGACUCUCACUGCAUACUGGAGGUAUCAGUGUAGACACAUGGGGGUGUCAGUGUAGACAUAUGGGUCCAACCAUCUGAGUUGCCUGAAUUUCCCAGCUGGGCUUUUGCAGGGAAGACCACUGGUGACAAGCUAACCAGUUAGGAGUAACUUAUUUUCUAGUGAAAGUAAAAGACAUUGGUCCAGAUAAUAGAUUUAAGAUCUGCAGCCUCAGAGCCAAAAGUCCUAAACAGACACCUUUCUCAAAAAAAAAAAAAAAAAAAUCUCUAAAACUCCUUCCUUACUCUUUACAGGCUAAUUUUAUGCCAGGUACAAUGCUGGACUGUGUCACGGUGUCAGGAUUCACAGCCAGCUGUCUAGCCUGUCUCGUGGUGCCUCAUCCCAGCCGCCCUUCCUUCCUGGUUAUGGUUCAGUCUCCUCAACUGAAGCCGAGAAACCAGGCUUAUCCAGCUCUGCUUGCCCCUUCUCAUCUAGAGAAACAGAGAAGAGCACUGGGGAGUUCAUGGGGAACCCUAAGUGAUUCACUCCUAAGGUCUCCUUGGGUGUUUGGUAUUUUCUUUGUAAUUUGAAUGUGUGCAAGUAUGCCUGGCUUUAACUGUGUAUUUUAUAGGGGUGGGAGGUGGCUGGGUUGCUGGGAGUGGAGGGAGACUGAAUUAUGUUUUGUGUUGUUGUUGUUGUUGUUGCUGUCUUAAUGGGGAACUUCCCCCCAUCUGCCUUGUCAGCUGGUCUGACGGAUUUAAGAAUUUUCAUUCUUAAAAGACAUUGGGUUUCAAUUUUUCAGUUUUAGAUUAGGACCCUUCUAACUGUGAAUAAAGUUCUGGUUCUGCUAGUUUAGUCCA